AUGUCAGGGUGGGGUGAUCAGCUAUUGCAGGCUGACAUCGACCAGCAAUUCAACACGCACGAUCCUCCCGGUCCUCACACGGAUUUCGACUUCACUUACAGUCAUCAACUCAAUGAUAAUGGGACUUAUCAAACUCAAUCAGCAUGGAUACCGCCUCAGCCACAGCUGCCUCAUGCCCAUCUGGCAAGUUCAAUAAGUUCGACUCAGGCCGCCGCAAGCCACCACUCAUUGUGGGCCCCGCACCAGCACUGGCAAGGUAUUCAUGGGUCAGACACCAUGAUACACCACCAAUCAUGGCCCCUGUCGCCACAGGGCGUUGAUUUUGGGCAAGGCCUGCCUGAGCCUGUCAUUGCCCACCCCGUACCCCAGCGUUUAUAUUACCGGUCGGGUCCACAGCACUUUUUUGCUACCUGGCAGCCUCCCCCCAGCCCAACUGCCUGCGCAAGUUCGCCACCCCUUGGGCCGAACCACCAGCCUGACCAGCCUGACGGCCCUCAGCCUGAGGCUCCGGUUCUAUCUGUGAACCCAUCCGUGUUUGACAACACAUCGUACCAUCCGAAUCUCUCUAGUCCUUCCCGCUCAUCCCAUCAGAUUUUCGACGAUAUCUCCCAACAUGCAGCCCUCACUGCACCCCGCCGCCGCCGUCGAGUCCCCCAAGAGCAAACAUCCAGCCGGAGCGCUAAACGCGCUAAGACACAAACACGAUCGUCUACACAAUUCACAAUCAUCCCAUACCGCUCUGAAAUGAUGUUGGAUCGGUGCAUCCAUUCAAUGAAACUGACCGCAUUCAAGACGUCGUUGUUACCUACCGAUAUUGAUCACAUGGUAGAUGCUGCAUGUAGAGCUGUAGUUAGUCAACAAGUUGAUGAGACACUCCGGUAUUGGGUGCUGGAUAAGCUGGAAAAUGACAAGGAAUAUUUCAGAACCAGGCUUGAGCCCGAACUCGCCACUAUAUCUGGCAGUAUGGCGGCGGUGGUCCAAACAUUCGUCUAUAUCAAAUAUGGUCUUGGUUUCAACUACGCCACGGCAGUGAACGGCACCCACAUCGCCGAGCGCACAUCGCGUGCCAAUCAUCUGGUGCAGAAUGACACAUUUCUCUAUGGCACAUUACAUGUCAAUGGAGAUAAUAUUACCGUCACUUUUGCAAACCCAACUAUCAUAGCAUUGGUGGGAUACUUGCUACGUGACAGCGAGCAUCAAUUCCACAGGUACAUCAGUGACAAUCUCAACUACAAACCGUUACUAGCAAUGACCGCUACUCUCUGCCUGUGGGUGCUGCAAGAACGCAUCACGGGUAUAUGCGUCCCAGUCCGAUUUCUCACCAGCACACAUCGGGUUCAUCAUGAUCGCUUUGUUUCACUGCUGGAGGAUAUGUCUGCGAUGGAGCUAACUGCCCUCACACAGAUACUGACUAAUGGAUCCGCGCUGAGUCCGCCGGUUGAUCAAUGA